AUGGGUAACGACGGCGGCUCCAUCCCCAAACGUAGCGAACUCGUCAAAGAAGCCGCAAAAGCCCUGACUACCGCGCAAAUCAAAGAAGCGCAAAACGAGCAACAAGAAUACGCCUGGUCGACUGACCCACUCACGCGGAAACCUCUCGCCCGGCCUGUGGUAUCCGAUGCCGCAGGGUUUCUAUACAAUAAAGACUCGAUUAUCGAGUUCUUGCUCAAGGAGGAUGGGGAUGCGGAGAAGGCUGAGAUGAAGAAGGUUGGCGGCGUAAAGGACUCCGAGCUAGGUACUUUCGGCGACCGUGUCAAGGGAUUGAAGGAUGUUGUCGAGGUCAAGUUUGAAAUUGAAGAGAAGGAGGGCGGUGCUGUAGGCGCCGAGAAGUGGAAAUGUCCCAUCACCGGGGCGGCAUUAGGACCAGGAAGCAAGGGCGUGUACAUUGUUCCUUGUGGACAUGCCUUUGCGGGGAGUACGGUCAAGGAAAUCGCUGGGAAUGCAUGCUUAACGUGCAACGAGCCUUUUGCUGAAAACGACGUUAUCCCCAUCGCACCCACUGCACCGACAGACAUUGCGCGCCUCAAUCUCCGCAUCAAGACGCUCAGGGAAAAGGGCCUCACACAUGCGCUCAAGAAGGCACCGGGCAGCAGUAAGAAGAAGCGAAAACACGCCGAGAAAGAAGCAAACGGUGAUGCGGUUGCAAUCGCAAAACCCUCCUCAUCCGACGACGAUAAAACCGCAAAGAAGGAAACGAAAGACAAGAAAGAAGCUCCUAGUGCGGGUGGUAUUAAAAACAGCGCCACGGCAUCGCUGACGCGCAAGGUGCUAGCCGAACAAGAGGAGAGGAAUAAGAGGAGAAAGAUGGCGCAGAAUGAUAAUGUGAAUACCUUGUUCCACAACAACGAGCAUAAGCCAGAUAAGAAGAAUAGUGCGGAUUACAUGACGAGAGGGUUUAGUAUUGGACGGAAGUAA